GUGAAAGCAUCAACCAUCUUCAAGUUCAGUCAUUUGAAGAGGCCCAGCUCCUGUUGCUGAUUCUGUGGACCUGUUCUGUGAGGGGCUAGAGUGCAGGGCUUGCUAACAUGGGUCACUGCCUUCAAACAACAAUUCUGCUCCUGUUGGUCUUAACUAUCAGAGACACACUUGAGCAAAGGAUCAUUGGAGGUCAAGAGGUGGAGCCAUACUCUAUCAAAUACCAGGCCUCCAUCCAGCACAACCGCAACCACUACUGUGGAGGAACACUAAUCGCAGCCCAGUGGGUGGUGUCUGCUGCCCACUGCUGGAGACCGAGUUCACUCAUUCAGGUGGUUUUAAGUGAGCACAGCCUUGCCAGUGAGGAGGGUUUUGAGCAAGUCUUCGAUGUUGAGAAAAUCUUUGUGCACUACAACUACAACUACAGGACAUUCAACAAUGACAUCAUGCUCAUCAAACUGAGCACACCUGCCCAGCUCAAUGCCAACGUGCAGCCGGCCUAUGUGCCCACUGAGAGUGACCCAGAGAUGACGGGAAGUACCAUCUGCACUGUGAGUGGCUGGGGAGUCACACGGAUCUAUAGCUACUACCUGUCUCCAGUCCUGCGCGCGGUGGACAUCAACAUCAUGCCCAACUGCUACUACUACUACUGGAGGAUCACAGACAACAUGAUCUGCGCCGGCUCACCCUUUGGUGGGAAGGAUUCCUGCCAGGGUGACUCAGGAGGACCUCUCGUCUGCGAUGGGAGAUUUGAAGGCAUUGUGUCCUGGGGUAUCGGCUGUGCCAACCCCUAUUUCCCCGGGGUUUACACAAGAGUGAGGAAUUAUGCCAGGUGGAUUGACUGGGUUAUGAAUAAUAAUUCAUAAGAAAUUAAAAUCUCUUCAGAAAUGGGUGUCAAUGUGAGAGACCAAAACAGAUGCAGAUGAUAAUAUAUAACAUCACAAGCUCUAAUGUUUUACAGAUGAUUCAGGGCCAAGCUUUUCCUGUGUGAAAAUAGAACAAAUAGCCUACUUCUAUAGUCUUUUCUUCAUCAGAUGUGCUGAUCAAAAGUGGUGAUAAGAGAAGAGACUGAUGUUAGGCUCAAAGGGCAAAUCAAAAGGGUACGCUCUCAAAUUUGAAGCCACCUGCAUGCAUGUAUGUGAAUGAGAGAAGCGGGCUGUAACUCAUUGUCUCAUUAACUCUGUCCCAGCUGACAAGUCGGGAACAACAAGCUGGUUUUACUUAAACUUUCAAAAACUCACUUGCCCUAUCCCGAGUAGUCUGGACAGGAGCCCUCGUGAAGAGAUUGAAAUAUUAUUUUCCUUUCUCUCUGGGCAGCACUUCAACUGUAACACCAUUUGUAUUGGUUUAAUUUUGCAGUAUUUCAUUAAUACAACACAAAUAAAAAGAUAUGUGAAACUCCACAAUCCACAAAGUCUUUGAAGAGUGUACAGCAACCAUGACGUUUGAGAAAGUGGCAGAUCCUGUUCCGUUGCAUUGUUUUGUUCAAUCUGCAGGCCAUAGAUUUUGGUGAUAAGCUUUAAAGUUGGAUUUUUGUUAUUCUAUUUAUUAUAUUAUAUACAAGCAAGACACCUAGAGAACCCAAAUGAACAGGAAACAGCCCGUCAGGAACUUCCUUCUGCUUAGUUUCUUUCUUCAUAUUGUUUUUUCUGUUUCUUCUUGUGAAAGUAGUGAAAGUGUGUUUAUAGUCAAAUGGAUGAUAGACAUGUUGCAUCUAUCUGAAAAUCUGUGUUCUUCAACAUUUUAAAUAAAAGUUUUAAAAGAGCCACAACAUGUGAA